UUUUGCUUUGUUCUGGUUUCGUUUUAGUUUCGACAUACGUUUCAUUUAUUUCUGAACUGUAACCAGCAACGAACUUCAUCUUCUAACACAAUCAUUUUCACUAUAUAUUUUAAUCACACAUCUGUGGGAGACGGAUAUUAUAUAGCUUUUUUUGGGAAAAUACAUAUUGUUUUUACCUAUUCAUUUGAAAAGUUUUAUAAUAAAAUAAAUUCGUAAAACUGGCUUCACCUAACACAAAUCACAUGAAGAAGAGGUCAAGUGCUGAAUACAGUGCGGUCCUAUCAGAUGCUACUGGAGAUUUGGGCUGUUUUGGUUUUAUUCUAUUAGGGUUAUCCUACUUGUUGGUAAUUGUGACAUUUCCCCUUUCAUUAUGCUUUACUACUCGGGUCAUUGCUGAAUAUGAACGAGCAGUUAUAUUUCGUUUGGGUCGAAUACUUCCUGGUGGUGCUAAAGGUCCAGGUUUAUUUUUCGUUGUACCAUGUAUGGAUCGUAUGCGUAAAGUGGAUUUAAGAACAGUAACAUUUGAUGUUCCACCACAAGAAGUACUUACUCGUGACUCUGUAACUGUUGCUGUAGAUGCUGUUGUUUAUUAUCGUAUUUAUAAUCCAGUUGUUGCAAUUACAAAUGUUGAAGAUGCUGAUCGAUCAACUCGUCUUCUUGCAGCAACUACUUUAAGAAAUGUAUUAGGUACAAAAAAUUUAUCUGAAAUUUUAUCCGAACGAGAUACAAUCUCUGGUAUGAUGCAAACCAUGUUGGAUGAAGCUACAGAUCCUUGGGGUGUGAAAGUUGAACGUGUUGAAGUUAAAGAUGUACGUCUUCCUGUUCAAUUACAACGUGCCAUGGCAGCAGAAGCUGAAGCUGCUAGAGAAGCUCGAGCUAAGGUUAUUGCUGCUGAAGGUGAAUGGAAAGCAUCACGUGCAUUGAAAGAAGCUGCAGAUGUUAUUACAGAAUCACCAUUUGCUGUUCAAUUAAGAUAUCUUCAAACAUUAAGUACUAUAUCAGCUGAAAAAAAUUCUACUAUUAUAUUUCCAUUACCAGUUGAUUUAGUGACACAUUUUAUGCAUAAUAAUCAUGGAUCAAAUAAUACUGUCAAUAAUAAUAAUAGUCAAAAUAAAACAAAAAUUACACCUCCACCUCGUCUAAAUAUUGGAACUAGUUCAACCACUUCAGGUGGAAUCAUGACAGUAGUACCAUCAUUAAAUGAAUUCACAUCAUCAACCGUUAAAGAUCAAUCAGUUAUUGAUAACAAUAAUAAUAAUCAAUUCAAUGUUUAAAUAGUCAACUGAUUAUCAUGAUUAGAUGGAUAAAUGUCAACUUGAAUUGUAUACAAUACACUUGAUAUAUAGAUCUCUAUCUAUAUCCAUAGACAUAUAUAGAUAUCUAUCUAUCUAUGCAUAUGCAUUUACAAGGUGUAAUCAAUCAAUCAAUCAGGAAAUCAGCUGAUUACAGCAUUUACUUGACUUUUUUUUAAAUGUCAAUUUUACUUUUAUUUUGAAUUCUUUAAUGUUUACUGAAUUUGUAUGUGUUAACAAGUGAUAUUUGUGAAUAUCCUUCACAUACAUAAAAAAAAAUCUAACCAACUAGUAUCCAUGUAAGUUUAACUAAAAAAAUUUAAAAAAAAAAAGAACCUUCAGUAUAUUUUCUCAUUUAUCUGUUUGUAAUAUCCAUGUUAAACUAUUCAACUUGAAUCAAUUUCAUUGAUCUGGAUCAUUAUCAUCAUCAUCAUCAUCGUGUUCGUUUAUCAGAUCAUCUUUAUCUUCUUUCAUUUCAUGUUAAUCACUACAUCAACAACAUAUUGUUCUCAUAUCUAUAUAUGUCUACAUUUUGGCAUUUCAUUCUAGUUAUUAUAAAUCGAUCUUUAUUCAUAAUUAAUCUGUAUGGAUACUAUUCUUUUGAUUCAAUUUAUACUAUCAACAAUGAAUGUUUAUGUACAUAAUUUAUAUUAGACUAUCAUCAUCAUCAUCAUUAUCAUAAUCAUCAUCCAUGAAAUGAUCACUUGAAGAUCUUCCAUAAUGAUUAUUUAUUAUUUUUUCUUUCUUUCUUUCUUUUUAUUUAACACAUAAUUCAAGCAUUUCUCAUUCAUAGAUCAUUGAUAAAUUGAUAUAUAUCUAUAUAUAUCUAUAUAUAUAUAUUGAUUUUAUUGAUUAUUAGGUGAUAAAUAUUGAUCUAUUAUAUAACACUAAUCAAUAAAUAAUGAUUUAUAUUUUGUGAAUAAAUUAACUUUCUCUUUCUUUUUUUUUUCUUUUUCUAAUCAUUACAAUCACUUCAUAAAUGAUGAGUUUCCAAUUAUAUAAUGGAAUAGUUCUAAUGGUCUAAUGAUUAUUCUCUUUAAGGUUAACAAUUCGAAUCUCCCAAAUAUUCAAUCAUCAUUUAGUUUAUAUAUAUAUAUAUAUAUAUAUAUAUAUAUAUAUAUAUAUAUAUAUUGAAUUAUUCAAGUAAAUUCUAUUCAACUAUUGAUCAAUCAUGUUUAUUAAUCAACUGAUCCCCUUUUUUGCAUAUGUAUGUGUAUGUGUGAGUGUGUGAGUGAGUGAGUGAGUGAGUGUGAAUAACAUUGAAAUCAUUAUCACUUCAUAUUACAAUUAUUUACAUGUAAUUAAAACAAGAUUUAUCUCUCUGUCUCUCUCUCUCUCUCCCUAUAUAUAUAUUUAACAUCACG